AUGACCUCGGCUGACUUCAAAAUCAAAGCCGGAUUGGCCCAAAUGCUCAAAGGAGGUGUUAUUAUGGACGUAGUCACUCCCGAACAAGCCAAAAUCGCCGAACGGGCUGGUGCCUGUGCCGUCAUGGCUCUGGAAAGAAUCCCCGCCGAUAUGAGAAACUCGGGCCAGGUGUGUAGAAUGUCUGAUCCUCAUAUGAUCAAGGGUAUCAUGGAAGCUGUGUCAAUUCCCGUUAUGGCAAAGUGUAGAAUUGGCCAUUUUGUUGAGGCUCAAGUUCUCGAAGCUGUUGGUAUUGACUACAUUGACGAGAGUGAAGUACUGACCCCCGCCGACAAAGUAAACCAUAUUGCAAAGGACAAUUUCAAAGUUCCUUUUGUAUGUGGAGCCAGAAACCUUGGUGAAGCUCUACGAAGAGUCAAUGAAGGUGCUGCCAUGUUAAGAACUAAGGGUGAAGCCGGAACUGGUGACAUCUCCGAGGCUGUCAGCCACAUCAACCUUAUCAAAGACGAAAUCGCCGAAGUGUUGGCAAUUACCGAUAAAAAACAACUCGAAUCCAAGGCUAAGGAACUAAGAGUGCCUGUAGAGCUUCUGGAAGAGCUAAUUGCCAACAAUGGUAAGUUCCCUGUCGUCAACUUCGCUGCCGGCGGUGUCGCGACCCCCGCCGAUGCCGCCCUCUGCAUGCAAUUGGGCUGUGAUGGUGUGUUUGUUGGUUCCGGUAUCUUCAAGUCCAAGAACCCCGAAAAACUCGCCAAAGCUAUCGUCAAUGCCGUCACGCACUUCAACGACCCCGCCAAGGUCCUCGAGUUCUCGACCGACCUCGGCGAGCUCAUGUUCGGUGUGGCCGUCGACUCCCUCAAAGACAACCAAAAACUGUCCACUCGUGGAUGGUAA